AUGGACUUCCUGAAGAACCUAUGCUUUCAAACCCAGACACAAAUCAAUGGGUCAACUCUGGAUCAGAUCGAGAAGACACUCGACACACAACACUUGUCUUCCGAAGACAUCCAACGACUGAUUGUCUUAUUUCAGCGACACAUCGAUGAGAACAAACACCGGGGAAAGUCAGGCCUAAUCUACACGCCGACCGUUGAUACUCAAGACAUACUAAUCCAUGAGUUCAUUGCCCGCGACUUUCAAGUAUCGCUGCUUCUGGAGGGCAAACGUGCCAUCGAUGUGGUGGUGCCCUAUCGGCCGCCGCAGAGGGCUAUCAUCACCGCUAUUCUGUUCAUUGCCCGCGACUUUCAAGUAUCGCUGCUUCUGGAGGGCAAACGUGCCAUCGAUGUGGUGGUGCCCUAUCGGCCGCCGCAGAGGGCUAUCAUCACCGCUAUUCUGGUGAUCGACCACAAGAUGUGUUGCCACCAAAAGGGCGGAUCCGUUAGCAUAGAAGAGGGUGGUGUCGGUGCCACUCAUGUGGACAUCCGUUUCGUGUCCGAAGAACUUCUGGGCAUCAGCUAUGAGGUGGGGAAUAAAGAAAAUUUAAUUCGGGCUACCAUUCGCUCCACACAUUUGAUGUCAAAUAUCUCUAAAAAUGCACUCAAAGAUGUUUUCAAACAUAUAGAGACCGGAUCAUCGGUGGCUAAAAACAGAGCCAUUAAAAUGACCACAAUGUUUGAUGAUUUUGAGUCAUUGUAUACAAACCUGGAGGACUUGAAAUUAAUCCGUUUUGAUUGGCUACCAAUCGCACCGUUAGCUUCGGAAGACAUUUAUAUGAAAUCUUAA